AUGGACCGAGAUGUCAGCCCUCCGCCUUCAAAGCGUCGAAAACCGUCGCCUUCAAUACCCGAUACAGAGACCAUGAACCUCGCGAAACAUCUUUCAUCGCGCAGUACCACCGACAACAUCCGCAUCUUCGCCUGGAACAUCAACGGCAUCUCCCCCUUCGUCCAAUCCGCAAAGCCCAUAACAUCCUUCUUCCCACGCACCAGCGUCUCCACCGCCCCUCCAAAACGCUCUAACGGUACCCAAGCCCCUCGAGUCCCCUCUAUUAUCCCCACCGCCUCCCUCCGCGCCUUCCUCCGCCGCCACAACUGGCCCCACGCCCUCCUCCUCCAAGAAGUAAAAAUCAGCCCCAAAGACGAGCGCACCAAGCGUGCCGUACAGGCUGCGAUCAACGCUUCCGCCGACGAAGAUGGAGGGCCGAGCUACACAGCGCACUUCACGCUCCCGCGCGACCCGCACAACGCGAAAGGUUUCGGCGGGAAGCUCUACGGCGUCGCCUCCCUCCUGCGCGAUGACUUCUGCCGCCACAGAGGCGUGAGAGUCAGGGACGUGGACUGGGACCUCGAAGGCCGGCUCCACGUCAUUGAGACAAAAGACCAGCUCGCUAUCUUCAACAUCUAUGCUGUCAAUGGGACAGACAGCGCUUAUCGGAGUCCCGAGACGGGCGCGGUGGUGGGCACGCGCCAUGAUCGCAAGCUCGCCUUUCACGCGCUGCUGCUCGAGGAGUGUAGAAGGAUGGAGCUGGAGGGGUGGAGGGUGGUGCUUGCGGGGGAUUUCAACGUUGCGCGUGCGAGGAUCGAUGGGUGGCCGAAUCUGAGGGAGUGGCCGCGACAGCACUGCGUCAAUCGUGCGGACUUCAAUGCCAAGUUUUUUGAGGACGAGGUGGGGUUACGAGCGGUGGAUGUGUGGCGCGAGCUGAAGGGGGAUGAGAAGGCGUAUACGUAUUAUCCUAGAGGAGUGGCAUGGGGCAGCAGUUGCGAUAGAGUGGACUAUGCUAUAGUGAGUAGGAAGUUGGUGGAGGAGGGCGGACUGGUUGACACUGGGAUCCUGAAUAGCCCAGCCGAGAGAGGACCGAGCGAUCACGUACCGCUUUGGGUGGAGGUGAGAGUGCCGAGGGAAGAGGACGAUCGUGAGAACCGCAGUGGUGCUAAUCGAGAGUAUGAGUCAACUCGGUAG